AUGGCCACUGUAAAUAUUGCAAAGGAUAACAAAACCACUCUUUAUAUCGGAGGUAUCGAUCAGCUUGUAGAUACAGCUACACUACAUGCCGCGUUCAUUCCAUUUGGCGAAAUUGUAGCAGUGCAAUUGAGCCCUGAUAAUUCUAAAAACAAAACUGGCAGCAGCACACACAAAGGAUUUGGAUUUGUCGAAUACGAGUUACCUGAGGAUUGUCAAGCAGCCAUUGAUAAUAUGCAUUUAGCCGAGUUGCACGGCAAGGUCAUCAAGGUCCAACUUGCUAAACCCCACAACAUCACAGCUACUUCUCAUCGUGCAGUCUGGACCGAAGAAUCUUGGUUGCAAAAGUAUGCCAACACAGAGGAAAACAAACAAGAUGCAGACGAGACAGCACAGCAAACAGCAAAUAGCGAUGAUGAUAGCGAUGUUGAAGAGAAGAACACAUAUAAACCAUCAGCUAAGGGAGGAAGAUCUCGUGUAUAUUUGGAUAUUGCCAUUGGUGGAUCUUUAGCAGGACGUGUUGAAAUUGAGCUUCGUGGUGAUGUUGUACCAAAAACAGCAGAGAAUUUCAGAGCAUUAUGUACAGGAGAAGCAGGAUUUGGAUACAAAAACUCGGUCUUUCAUCGUAUCAUCCCUCAAUUCAUGUGUCAAGGUGGUGAUAUUACAAAGGGAAAUGGUACAGGCGGCAAGUCCAUCUAUGGCGGUAAAUUUGCUGAUGAAAACUUCAUCUUGAAGCAUACUGAGGCUGGCACACUGUCCAUGGCAAAUUCGGGCCCUAAUACCAAUGGUAGUCAGUUCUUUAUUUGUACAGAGAAAACCGCAUGGUUAGAUGGAAAGCAUGUCGUGUUUGGCCAAGUUGUAUCUGGUAUGAAUGUUGUGCGUGAGAUGGAGCGAUGUGGAUCAUCAAAUGGUAAAACCUCAAAGCGUGUAACAAUUGUUGAUUGUGGUGAAAUCUAA